UAACAAGAUUGUCAUAUAAUGGAGGAAAAUCUUCCUCCAGGGUUCAGGUUUCAUCCAACAGAUGAAGAACUCAUUACUUAUUAUCUGAAUAAUAAAGUUUCUGAUUUCAACUUCACUGCUAGAGCUAUUACUGAUGUUGAUCUCAACAAGUCUGAGCCUUGGGACCUCCCUGCAAAAGCGUCAAUGGGAGAAAAAGAAUGGUAUUUCUUCAGUCUAAAAGAUCGAAAGUAUCCAACAGGACUUCGAACAAACAGAGCUACAGAAGCAGGCUACUGGAAAACAACAGGGAAGGAUAAAGAGAUAUUUCGUGGUGGAACGGGAGUCCUUGUUGGGAUGAAGAAAACCCUAGUUUUCUACAGAGGAAGAGCUCCUAAGGGUGAAAAAACCAAUUGGGUUAUGCAUGAAUACAGAAUUGAAACAAGAUUUGGUUACAAACCUUCUAAGGAGGAAUGGGUAGUCUGCAGGGUGUUCCAAAAGAGUUCAACUGUGAAAAAGCCACAACCAACAUCAUCUUCUCCUCUAUCCCUAGAGUCACCUUGUGACACUAAUUACACAAUAGCAAAUGAGCUUGGAGAUAUUGAGCUACCAUUUAAUUUCAACUACCUAACCACUACUCCAUCAAGCGCGAUCAACAAUAUUUCCUUGCAUAAUUACAAUAACGAUAAUAUAAACUUGGCUGCUGCUGCUGCUGCUGCAACAAGGGAAGCAGCAGCAGCAAACACUCAUCCAUUACUACCUUGGUCUUCGAACUUGUUAAGCUCUAAUCUUUCAUCAGUAAAUUCAUUGCUUUUUAGGGCAUUACAAUUAAGGGGUUAUUCGCCAAGGGAACAAGCUACAAGUUCUACUACUACUACACAUGACUACGCGUUUAUGCUCCCACAGGAGAAUAUUCUCACAACGCAGUUUGGAAAUGAUUUUGCUGUGAAUAGUAUUGGGGCACCUUCUUCAUCUAUGGCAUUAGAUAAUUCUGUACAGCAUCAACAGCCACAGGAACAAUUGGACUCCAAUAUUUGGUGA